AUGACAGGCACCGAUGCCUGCCAGGCACUGCCCAUCCUCUUGCAGCCCGCAUCUGUUUGCACCCCAAGUCUGUCCAUCCCCCCAGCAACAACAAGGCGGGGUGCCAAGGAGGUGCCAGCAGCCCAGCCCCACGGCCUUUGUGCUGGGUCCCCAGCAGGGUGCCACGCUAUCGGAGAUGUGCUGAACCCCUCCACACCCCCGGCGAGGGCUGAUCCUGGUCCAAAGUCCCUCCCCGGAUCUGCUAGAGUUGCAGACACUGCCAGCGGCGUUGGGCUCCUGGAUCUCACCAUGCAGCUCCUGGCACCCCUCACCCUCUGCCUGGGCCUCUGGGCAGGGCUCAGCAGUGCUGUCAUCCCAGCGGAGGAGGAGAAGCCAUCCUUCUGGAAUAAGCAGGCGGCCGCAGCCAUCGAGGCCUCCUUCAAGAUCCAGCCCAGGAUAAGCCAAGCCAAAAACCUCAUCCUCUUCCUUGGGGACGGAUUCGGGAUCCCCACCAUAACGGCCACCCGCAUCCUAAAGGGGCAGGAGCAGGGGAAGCUGGGCCCUGAGACCCCCCUUGCCCUGGAUGCUUUCCCCUACGUGGCUCUCUCCAAGACGUACAACGUGGACCGGCAGGUCCCCGACAGUGCGGGGACAGCCACAGCCUACCUCUGCGGGGUGAAGGGCAACUACCAAACAGUGGGACUGAGCGCGGCCGCCCGCCACUCACAGUGCAACACCACGGCAGGCAACGAGGUGGUCUCGGUGCUGGAGCGAGCUCGCAAAGCCGGGAAGGCGGUGGGCAUCGUGACAACGACGCGGGUGCAGCAUGCGUCGCCCUCGGGAACCUACGCCCACGUGGUGAACCGCAACUGGUACGCGGAUGCCAGCAUGCCCGCGGAUGCCCGCCAGCAGGGCUGCAAGGACAUCGCCUGGCAGCUGGUCCACAAUGUCGACAUCAACGUGAUCCUGGGGGGCGGUCGGAAAUACAUGACUCCCGUGGGGACGCUGGACCCUGAGUAUCCCACCCACUACAUAGCGAACGGGAUACGCAAGGAUGGAAAUAACCUCAUCAACAUGUGGCUGGAGGCACGGCCGGGUGCCCGCUACGUCUGGAACAGGACAGAGAUGCUGGCUGCCGCCACUGAUCCCAGCGUGAAUUAUUUGAUGGGUCUCUUCGAACCCACGGACAUGAACUACAACCUGGUGCGUAACACCACCCUGGACCCGUCGCUCACCGAGAUGAUGGAGGUGGCCAUCAGCAUCCUGAGCAGGAACCCCAACGGCUUCUACCUCUUUGUGGAAGGCGGCAGGAUCGACCACGGCCACCACGACGGUGCAGCCCAUAAGGCGCUGACGGAGGCGGUGGAGUUUGACCGGGCCAUCGAGCGGGCGGGCAUCCUGACAGAUGAGGCACAGACCCUCACUGUUGUUACCGCCGACCACUCGCACGUCUUCUCCUUCGGUGGCUACACGCUGCGCGGCUCCUCCAUCUUUGGUCUGGCCCCCAGCAAAGCCACUGAUGAAAAGAACUACACAUCCAUCCUCUACGGGAACGGGCCGGGCUACCCGGGUGCCAACCGGACCGAUGUGGAUGAUGACACAGCCAGUGAGGGCACAGGGACCGUGGCCAGGUGGUGGGAUGAGGCUGGGGGCCACCACUGCCUCCCUCACCUCCUUCUCCCCCCUCCACAGGGCAGUACAACUACUUGCAGCAGGCGGCCGUGCCCCUCCUAUCAGAGACCCACGGUGGCGAGGACGUGGCCAUCCUGGCCAAGGGCCCCAUGGCCCACCUCUUCCAUGGGGUGCAGGAGCAGACCUACGUGGCCCACGUCAUGGCCUACGCCGCCUGCCUCGAGCCCUAUGUUGCCUGCUACCAGAGGGGCUCUGCCCCCGGCACCCAUGCCACGGCCCUGGCCCUGCUCCUGCCCACCCUCCUCCUGCCCCUCUUCCACUGACCCCAUGGCCCCGGGGCACCCCGAGGGUGCUGCCGGACCUGCGUCCCCCCCAUCGCCAUGGCUGCAGCACCCACAGGCGGAUGGUGGCUUUUUGGAGCAUCCCUGGUCUGGAUGUGGCAGCCAUGGGGCACCGAAUCCUGGGCAUGGGCGGGGGGGAGGGGCCCUAUGCCACCCACACAGGGUGCUUGGUGUUUAAUAAACGUGGGGUGUGAUGCUGGUGGUACAGGCAUGUUAGUGGUGUGUGGGUACCCAUGCCACACAGGCAAGGC